UCAGGUGUACCUGUUGGUUAAUCAUUCACUGCAGAGCAGUCACACAGCACUAAACCCACACACGUUGAGACACAGGAGUCGAGAGGAAGACAUGAGUGAGUCCAAAUGCUUCUUCUCUGUUCUGUUCUUUUUGGGAUAUUCUUUAACUGAAGGUCUUUCCACUUUAAAUUAAUCUCAGAUCAGUCAUGUUUAGAUAUUGAAUUCCAGCCGAUUUGUAUCAGAAUAGGUUAGUUUUGUUUAAAAAAAAAGUAGACCUCUAUAAAGACAAAUCUUGGGAGCUCUAUCCCUUUAUCUCAGAGUUGAUGAACUCUUGGCGAUAUACAGAUUUCAAUAUAGUCUCAUGAGAACUGUAUUGUACAGUAUGUGUGGAACUGCUGAACCCAAACUGCUGUUUUCUUUUGAAUGUCACAAGACAUGUCUACGUAGCUGUCCAACCUGAAUGUUCACAUACCAGACAUUCAUUAUCACACAGUGGUGGGAAAGACAAGAGAUUACUUUGAAAGAACUCCCUGGUCGGUGUGAGCUGUGUGCUAGCAAUGGGGUGUGUUGUGUUUAAAAGCUGACUGUUGUGAAUAUUACCAGGUAGGCUAAUUGUGGUCUCUGAUUGCAUAACCUACAACGUGCACAUUUGAGAGAUUUCCUCUCAGGGAUUAGCAGUAAACAUGCCAUAUUCAUGAACGUACGUGCUACGACCCAAAUAAAUAGACAUGAGAAGGGAUUAGGGGUGAAGGGACAAACCACCACCACAUUCAUCGCUCCACCUCCUCCACCCACCAUCCCCUAAACUCCAUAACCUGAACUCGUAUUGAUAAUAGUUGAUUUGAUUGAUCAACUAUUAUCAAUACGAAAUAUAUCAACAAAAAUACAUAGCGUUUAUCCUCGUUUAAUUGUGUGAUAUACUUGUCACUGCCAGCAAACAUUUAAAUGCGUCUGAACGUCACUGAUUUGGGCUAGGCUAGUUAUUGGUCAUUCGACAUAAAGCCCUCCUCCAAGUCAGGGGCGCCGGCCACGUUGAAGUCAAUGUAAGAUCGCUAACUUUUUGCUUUCUAUCAAGCAGAGACAGCUUUUCAUUGGCGCAAGAAAAUUCGCCCUCGGGUCGCACCAGUGUGCGCCCCAGGCCAAUGGUAUCACUUUUCUUUUUUGUAAUCAUCACAUGAUUGGACAAUUCAGCGAAUCAACCAAAUAGGAUACCUCCCUCAGCAGCAAUCGUGCAACACAACUACAUGAAGAGAAGAGAUAGAUCACUAACUAGCAGAGAGUUGUAAGCACUUUUCCCCCUUUUCAGUGGAGGAAUUGGACUCCCCAAGCAAUGGUAUACUUAAAAGGAGCAACUGCCGCCCGCAGCCCCGCGGGGCUCCUCUCGGAGGACCAGUUCAUGUGCUCCAUCUGCCUGGAGGUGUUUGUGGAGCCCGUGUCCACGCCGUGCGGCCACAGCUUCUGCAAGGCCUGCCUGCAGGGCUACUGGGACCACAGCAAGAAGUCCCUGUGCCCCAUGUGCAAGAAGAGCUACUCCAAGCGGCCCGAGCUCAGCGUCAACCGCGUGCUGGCGGAGAUCUCCACCCAGUUCCUGGGGCUGAACGUGGGCGGCGCUGGCGGUGUCGGUGACGGCGUGGACGGAGGGGCUGGGUCGCGGGGGUCCACCCUGAACCUGAGCUCCGGCGCGGGGGCGAGCGGGAGCCUGAGAGACGGGGGCUCGCCGUCGCGAGGAGGAGGCGGGGCCGACACGAACGGGGACUUUGCCCGCGAGGGGGAGGUGCCGUGCGACGCCUGCAUCGGGAGGAAGGUGAAGGCGCUGAAGUCGUGUCUGAACUGCCCCGGCUCGUACUGCGAGACCCACCUGCGGCACCACAAGAAGGUGAAGUCCAUGUCCUCCCACCGUCUGGUGGAUCCCACCUUCCACCUGGAGGCGAAGAUCUGCAAGAAGCACCAGCGACUGACGGAGCUGUACUGCCGCACCGACGGCGCAUGCAUCUGUCCCGCCUGCGCCGACACCGUCCACAAGGCCCACGAGGUGGUGUCCGCCGACCGCGAGUUCAAGAAGCAAAUGGCUAACUUGUCAAAGAGAAGGUCAGAGGUCAAACAUCUAAUCAAAGAGAGGACAAAGAAACUGGAAGACAUCAAGCAGUCCAUCAGGGUCAUCAAGGCCAACGCGCAGAAGGAGCUGGAGGAGAGCUGGCAGGUGUACGCCGAGCUCCAGCGGCUGGUGGAGCAGAGCCAGGCGGAGCUGGUGGAGCUCAUCGCGUCCCGGCAGCGGGAGGCGGAGCGCCACGCCCAGGAGCUGGCCCGCGGCCUGGAGAACGAGCUGAGUGUGCUCAGGAGGAGCAGCAGCGAGCUGGAGGCCUUCGCCCACACCCAGGACCGGAUCGUCUUCCUCCAGAGCGCCGCCGGGCUGCCGCCGCCGCUGGAGCCUCUGGACUGGUCGGCGGUCAGCGUGAGCACGGACCUGUACCUGGGCACCGUGCGCUCCUCGGUCGGCGGGCUGGUCGACAAGUUCCAGGUGGAGCUCCAGAGGCUGUACGGGAAAGAGCUCAGGAAGCUGCAGAACUACGCAAGCGAGGUGAUCCUGGACCCGGGCACCGCCCAGAAGAGCCUGGUGCUCUCCGAGGACGGCCGGCAGGUGCGCUACGACGAGAGGAAGUCGUCGCAGACGGAGAGCUCCCGGCGCUUCAACCCGGCGCUCUUCGUGCUGGCCCGCGAGGGCCUGGCGUCCGGACGCCACUACUGGGAGGUGGAGGUGGGCCGCAAGACGGCGUGGACGCUGGGCGUGGCCCGCGGCUCGGCCCGACGCAAGGGCGACAUCAACCUCAGCCCCGAGGGCGGCUUCUGGUGCCUGUGGCUGAAGAACGGCGAGAUCAAGGCGCUGGCGUCCAGCCGCGUGCCGCUGACGGCCGCGUCGCAGCCCGCCAAGGUGGGGGUCUUCCUGGACCACGACGGCGGCCAGGUGUCCUUCUACGACGCCAAGAGCCGCCUGCACCUCUACACCUUCGUGGACACCUUCAGCGAGAGCCUCUACCCCAUCUUCAGCCCCUGCCUGGUCCAUGAGGGCAAGAACGCGGCCCCCCUCGUGAUCAGCCAGAUCAAACCGACCUGAGGAGGGACAGGUGGUCACCAUGGCAACCCAUGAAGGAGGUCGAAUUUGAACCAAAACCGACGCAGUCAAGUUUUACAACAAAGCCCAAACUUUUAGAAACACAGUUUGGUUCGCGAGGGUUAAGAAGUUGUGUAAAUCUGAUAUUUUUAAAGAACUGAUUGUCUCUUGUGUGACAGCAUGUGUGACAAGAUAUAAGCUACUGAAGAUAUUGACUACGUAACUGGACUUUUUGAAAUCACUGCUUUGUUAUGAUAAUGAGACAAAAGAGAAAUGUUUGAAGGUUUAAGACUUAAGUUUUAACAGAUUUAGCUAGACACGCUAGGAUAAUGGCCAGUAAAAGCUUGAUUUAGGUGAUGGCACCUUUUCUGUAAAUCUGUAAUUACAUAGGCUAGUAAACAUGACUUAUAUUAACUUAUUUACCUUUACAAGAUAAAUACGAUUUUAAACAGGCUUGCUGGGUAGGAGCAUUUUACACUAACACUUUACCUUAAUUUUUCAUAUCAUAUCUUUUUUAAUAAACACAUUAAUCAAUAAGCUUCGCCUCUUUGAUGAGUUAGAAGACCCAUAGGCUGAUUUGAUUGGUUCGAACUAGCAAUAGUCUCCCUGUAGAGAACCUUUUAUUGUGAUGCCUCAUCUCUUCGAGAGCUUGACUUGUCAGGACAUUUACUACUUUUAGGACAUUUUAAUCAGAGCUGUUGAGAGAGAGUGACAGAAACCGAAGUAAAAAUCACCACAUGUUUAACACACUUUCCCCUGUCAUCAUUGUGCUGGAUUCUAGACCAGUCGCUCUCCAAAGGCUCCCGUCUAACUAGCAUUACACUGCUAGUCUUUCCACCUAUCCGGAGAACAGCGGCAGAUCCCAGUACCCGAAUCAGUUCACUGGUCUACACCACCCAUCAAAGGUUUGACCCUAAAAUGUAGAGAUGGUUUUAUAUGAAUGUGAAAUAAAUGUCUUGAAGCUGCAGGCUGCUCUCCUUCAUUCUCACGAC